AUGAGCAGCCUUGUCGGGAAAGCCCACUGGUUCUCAGAUGACCAGCGACCCAAACCCCUCGCGAGCCCGUAUGUAGGUCAGGAGCGGUGCGUCUUUUUGGUGCGGCGGCGGCAAGGUCGCGGCGAUUGGUCGUUUUACGGCGCGGCUAAUGGCUCGGCGAUGCGUUGUUCCUCCACGUGCCACUUGCGCCGUCUCAGGCCCACCACGUGCGGGGAAAAGCUACGUUUAAUGAACGAAAAUGGCGCGAGCAAAGCCACUAAUAGUAAU